UGAUGUAAGUCUUCACUCCUUGAGAACGGUCUCCCUUCCUGCACUGCUGUAGCAACAUCAUCAUCCAUCCAGUCCCCGGGGCGAGCGCACUGAUCACGUACAGUCGACUGAGCUCAACUUCUAACAGACUCCAACACACACACACCACACACACACACACACACACACACACACACACACACACACACACACACACACACACACACACACACACACACACACACACACGGACCCAUUGCAAACGGAACUGAUAGCACACAUGGCCGUAUCCACAUCCCACAGCAGAUCUGGAGACUGAAAGGCGCAUUUUGGGAACAACUUGGAGGUUCAAUGGCAUAAAUUCGCCGCAGGACUUUAAAUCACUUUUUUGAGAAACUGAAGGAGAUAAAGGUAAAUACCCUGCUCUGAGUGAGUGUGUGUGUGUGUGUUUGAUAUUGUGCAGGGAUUUAAUAGUUACCCAAGCUUGGCAUGUCUCGUUCGCACUGGGCCGGUUUGCGCUUCUGCUUUCAGAAACGUGUACUAAAGAAAACUUUGUGACUUUGUGAUCCGUGUCACACCUUAUCAAAAUGGCACUGACUGAAAACUGUAGGAUUUAUCAGGCUCCCAAAGACAGCGGCUCGACCCAAACUUCCGAUGUGAUCGAGCUGAACGUGGGUGGGCAGGUGUACUACACCCGGCGCGCCACCCUGACCAGCAUGCCCAGUUCUUUACUGGCCAAAAUGUUUUCGUCCAAAAAGGAGACAUCAGGUGACAUGGCCCGAGACACAAGAGGACGUUGCUUCAUCGAUAGGGAUGGAUUUUUGUUUCGAUACGUGCUAGACUACUUGCGUGACAAGUACGUCGUCCUUCCUGAUCACUUCCCAGAAAGAGGGCGGCUCAAGCGCGAAGCUGAAUACUUCCAACUUCCAGAGCUGGUCAAGAUCCUUAGCCCUGAUGACCUGAAGCGACCAAACCACGAUGAAUACCCUCACAGUGAUGUAGAUGAUAUAUCACAAGGUAGUGAUCAGAGACCGUACCCGUCAUCCCACAGGCGCUACGGGUUCAUAACAGUCGCAUCGACACGCGACGCCUGCGCUUCAGACGGGAAAGGUACCAGAUUGCCCAAACUUUUCGUCUGCGGAAGGGUCGCCCUGGCUAAAGAAGUGUUCGGAGAGGCAUUAAGGGAGAGCAGGGAUCCUGAGCGGCCUCCUGAGCGCUACACGUCCCGGUUCGUCCUCACGUUCGGGCACGCGGAAAGGGCGUUUGACCUGCUGGCGGAGAGCGGCUUCAGGCUGGUGGCGUGCAGCUCGGCACUCACCUCUCCUCUGCACACCACGCACAUCGACCACAGGCAGUGGUGCAAGUGCACAGAAUACGUCUUCUUCCGUGGGCCGUCGGCUUGGUCGUCCUCUCACUGCGAAUGCUGUUGCAAAAGCCAGAAGAGCGAGAGAGAGGGUGAGAGUGGCACGUCCUUCAACGAGCUUUCAACAUCCUGCUCCGAAACCCAAUCGGAAGCCAGCUCACCCCAGGAGACAGUGAUUGCCCGUCCCGUCUCCCAGCAACACCACCACAUCCAGACCCUGGAGCGGACCCAGAAGAAAGGACCGGCCCAGGCGAUGCAGGGGGAGACCCACAGGAGGACGGAGCUUUUGCGCACUCGCACCACAGGUCCCCGUGACCACAUGACCCCUUCCAAGAGGAAACCGACUAAGGAGAAGCUCACGCCAGAGCAGGAGCUCCAGAAAUGCAUCCAGGACUUCCGACGCAUUCGGAUUCCUGAACGCUUCCCGGACAGGAAGAACACAUGGCAGUCUGAUCUCCUGAGGAAGUACCGCCUGUGAAACGAGAAUGAUUCAAAACGAGUAGGAAGAGAAGGAUGCAGGAACAAGGAGGAACACAAUCUACCUAUCAGUGCUUAAGAUCUCACUUCGAUUUGCACUCCACUCGAGCACGAUCUUUCGGUCUAAUCUUCGAGCAAGAGAUGCAGUUAACCUUGAAUGACUCGUACAGGUUCUGUUACAAAGCACAAUUACUCAAGCUGCAAAUCAAUUUCACAGUGUCUAAAUGAACCAGCCUUUUAAAGAACACCGUGGAAUGGGUUGGACAUGCACUAAAUGAGCACACAUCAACAUGUUAUCAGCACACUCAGAGCACUGCACGAAUCAGACACUUCUGCCUGUCGGCUCAGGACAGAACUUAUGCUUGAACGUGGAACAAAAAGCACAAAAUCAUUCGGUGUCAGAGUUAUAUGGAUUAUAUGGAUAUGUUAA